CAUGGAGCCUCUGCACCGAACCGGAAGCCACGAGAGCUGGAAAUCGAGGAGGAGCUCGUCGGGUGCUUCAUACUCGCAUCCUCUGUCGCUACCGCUGCUGGACCACAAUGCACCGUAUGCAGAGGCCGACCGGGCUCGUCUCAGCAGUGCAGCAGUCAAGAGGGCGAGCAUCAGCAUGCCGUUGGAGUCAAAUCCGCGUCUCCAUGCUUCUCCGCAGGCUCGACGCCCGUCCAGAGCCAACUCGGAGCACAAUCUGCUCACCACCGUCUUGCAAGCACAUAUCAUGGCCUCGUCCAGCCUGCCGGAUUCGUCUGCCAUCAUUGA